AUGUUGCACCUUACACCCUUGAAGUGGCGGAAGGCGUGCAGAGAACGCGCGGACGAGGGGCGCGUGGAGACGAGCGCGCACGAAGACGCGCGCGGAGUCGCCACGGGCGAGGACAGGAGGGUUUGUGGGAGCCUCCGGCCGCGGAGGUGUCACCGCGGUCCUGCACCCGGAGGGGCUGUCUCAGCUGCCAGAAGCCCGCCGUGCCGGUUCCGCCCUGCGCCCGCCGCGGGCGGUGGAACGCCGCCCCCAGACUCGCUUGGCCUUCGGCGAAAGAAGCGGUCGCGCUCCCGCCGGCGGGACCCGGGCAGUGAGCCUCCUCCAGGCCUCGCCCCGCCGGCACAGCGCGUGGACGAGGGCGACGAGGUCUUCCGCGCGGGCGAGUACGACACGGCGGCCGAGCUCUUCCGCUCGAAGCUGGCCGGCCUGGCGCAGCCCGACCGCGACCUGUACCUGCGGCUGGGGGGGCGCGCUGGCCGCCUCCCCGAGUGCCUGGGGGCGCUUAGGCCGGACGAGCUGGGGGAACCGACGGCCAGCCAGGCGCGCGCCCUGGGCCCGCGCGAACUGCGGGAAAGCCCGGGCCGCGCCCCCGGGGAGGUGCCCCGGGACCUGCUGGGCUGCCCGCGCUGCCGGCGGCUGCUGCACAAGCCAGUGACGCUGCCGUGCGGGCUCACCGUGUGCCGGCGCGAGCCGGGCCCUGAGCGGCCGCCCGCGCGCCGGGUCAACGUGGUGCUGAGCGGCCUGCUGGAGAAGUGUUGCCGGGCACGCAGGCUGGCGGGCCAGGCGCGGAACCUGCAGCGCCAGCGGCAGCCCGAGGCCGCGCUGGCCGGGUGUCACCAAGCCCUGGACCUAGCUCCUGGUGAUAAUUCAUUAUUGCUGCUGCAAGCAGAAUUAUAUUUAUCCAUGAACUGUGAGCAGGCUCUGCAGGAUGCUGGUGAAGUUUGUCAGAAUGAACCUCUCUUGCCUAAGGGGCAUCCAAAAGCCCAGGCUCUCUCUGGCCUGGGAAGAAGUAAGGAGACGUUGAAGGAGUUUCUCUAUUGCCUUGCUCUAAAUCCUGAAUGUAACUCAGUGAAGAAAGAAGCCCAGAAGGUACUGUGUGAGGUGUUUUGCCCAGCUUCAGAAAAUGUGCCUCAGAAUUUAACAUCUUCCACCCAAACGUACUGUUGAACAGAGAUUAAAGGCUCGCUGUCAGAGCAUGUGAAUAGCCAGGGUCCUGUGGAGGACGGUGGCAGUGCAGGAAGGCCUAAGACUCCAUCUGAGAAACCUGAUGUGUUUAGAAAUAGCAGUUCCUCAGUGUAAGUUUCCCAUUUCAUACUGGGCUUACACUGUGAAGAGGAUCAGGAGGUGUUAGACAACAUCCUUCCAACAGAGCCCAGCAGUAGUUUAAAGAGACAGUUUCCAAAUGAUCAGGAUGCACAUGAUGUGAAUGCCACUGGGAAAUUUUCCAAGAAAGACUCCUUACCCCAAAGAAAUGUGAACUCUAACACAGGAGAAAGUGAAGAGCCCAUAGAGGUGGCUGACUUUGAGUGUGCCCUUUGCAUGAGGUUGCUCUUUGAACCUGUGACUAUGCCCUGUGGACACACGUUUUGCCUAAAGUGCCAGGAGCACUGCCUGGACCACGCCCUGCAUUGUCCCGUGUGCAAAGAAAAACUUUCAGAGUUGUUGGCAAGCAGAAAUUUUAAUACAACUGCUCUGGUCGAAGAAUUAACAUUUCGGUAUUUCUCAGAUGAGCUGUCUGAGAGAAUCUACGAUGAAGAAAUGACAGCGCUGUCACAUCUGACCAGAGAUGUGCCCAUCUUUGCAUGCACCAUGGCCUUCCCCACUGUGCCCUGCCUGCUCCACGUCUUUGAGCCCCACUAUCGGCUUAUGAUGUGAAGAUAUUUGGAAAUGGGCACCAAAUGUUUUGGCAUGUGUUUAUCUGCUGAGCACGCAGGGAUCUCGGAGUACGGCUGCAUACUGGAGGUCAAGGAUGUCAGGACAUUCCCCGACGGCAGCUCUGUUGUUGACGCCUUGGGGAUCAGCCGCUUCCGGGUGGUUUUGAGCCACCGUCACAAAGACGGCUACAACACAGCGGACAUUGAAUACUUGGAAGAUGAAAGGGUGGAAGGCCCAGGGUACGAGGAGCUCGGCAUGCUGCCCGACCCAGUGUUUCAGCAGCCUGUGUCCUGGCUCGCCUCACUGCAGGAUCCCGUGAAAGAGCAGACUUUAAGCCACUUUGGGUUAAUGCCAGACAGAGAACCUGAGCCUCAGAGUAACCCUAGUGGUCCCGCGUGGUCCUGGUGGAUGCUGGUGGUGGUGCCGUUGGAGCAGAAGGCUCAACUGGCCAUACUGGGCAUGAUCUCUCUGAAGGAGCACCUGCUUGCCAUUAGGCAAAUAUUAGUCAUCAUCAUGCAUGAGAUGAAUAGCUGGCAAGAGCUUGUUAAUAGCAGGGAGAGAAACAGUUGAUUUCUGUCAAGGUUUCUGGAAGGAUUUGAGUUUUUAUGAGGUAGCCAGGCAUGGACAAGUUAACAUCCAUCCAUCAUGCUUUGUAAGAUGCUUGUAGAUAGGAUUCCAGAAUGGAACACUUGGCAGAUGUUGUCUCCUACUCAGAAGUUAAGUCUGUGCUAGGUGGAAUCUGACUCUGUACAAGGUGAGCCUGAAAUCUGAAUGGAUCCCAUGGUUGGAAACCAACCUAAAAAAAUCUCUCUGGAACAGAUGCCCCAGUGCUCAGUACACUAAAGAUGAUUGACGAGUGGUUUAGGUUUUGCCAGAAAGAAGAUUGCCUUCCCAGUGAAGUGUCUUGCUCCUCCAGACGGGAACAGCUCGCUUGGGUGGGUGGAUAGGAAGAAGGACACUGCCCUGUUAUCUGGAAGCAUAUUUCUCAGAGUCCGGGCUAGCUGGAAACAUGCUUAUUAGGCUUUGUCUGUCACUGUGAAAUGGAGGAGUCAAACCAUUGUUCAGUGUGGGGGGUUAAGUUAGUCUUAUCCAAGAAGAGCAUAGAAGCAAACAGAGCCGUAUUUUUGUGUCCUGCAGUAGUUCAAAUGUGGCAAAUUGCAUA